AGCUUAUCUUGCAAUUGCCAGCUUCGGUCUUCUGGGUCAUCCCCGCCCCUCGCGAUCGGCGAGAAGUUCGAGUUGGAGCUCCGGUCGCCCUUAAAAUGCCCAGAAGCCCCUCCGUCCCGACCUCCACGCAACUAACUCUGCACAAGGACUCAGCAUGCAGCUCAAAUUAACAGUCACACCCUCGGAUAAGGGUCUGGGGGACAUCCUUGCAGAGUGCCGUCCGAAUUUGCUGCCGUUUGAGGGUAUUUAUCGCCAGAUCCACCAGAAUCCCGAAUUGUCGUUGUGCGAGAAAGAAACGUCCGCCAUCGCCGCAGACCAUCUAAAGACGCUCGACUUUGAAGUCCACACCCACAUUGGAGGUUACGGGGUCGCUGGUGUCCUCAAAAAUGGAGACGGACCUACGGUGCUGCUCCGAGCCGACAUGGACGCACUACCAGUGCAAGAGAAGACAGGACUGCCCUACGCCAGCACAAAGACGGCCAAGAACAACGAGGGAAUUGAGGUGCCGGUGAUGCACGCCUGCGGUCAUGAUACCCAUGUUGUGAGCUUGAUGGCCAGCGCUUCCCUCCUCCAUUCUGCUCGAAAGUACUGGUCUGGAACCCUCAUCUGCAUCUUUCAGCCAGCGGAGGAACUCGUAUCAGGAGCACAGGCCAUGCUAGAUGAUGGUCUGUACAACAAAAUCCCAAAGCCGGACGUGGUGUUGGCGCAGCAUCUCAUGUCCAUGAGAGCGGGCACGGUCAACAUCCGCUCUGGCCGCCUCCUGACGGCUGCGGAUGUGCUCAACGUCCGUAUUUUCGGAAAGGGUGGUCAUGGUUCGACGCCGCAUCUUUGCAUCGAUCCCAUUGUUACAGGAGCUGCCAUAGUCAUGAAAUUGCAGACCGUCGUCAGCCGUGAGGUGGUACCGGGCGAACUGGCCGUGGUCACUUGUGGCUCUAUCCAGUCCGGUCAGACGGCCAAUAUCAUCCCGGACACUCUGGACAUCAAGCUCGGUAUUCGAACGUUUGACAUGUCAGUCCGUGAACGGGUGAUCGCUGCGAUCAAGCGGAUCAUUCAUGCUGAAUGCGAGGCAGCGGGCUGUGAAAGGGAGCCACAGAUUGACCACGUUACCUCCACUCCGGCUACCAUCAACGACGAUGCUACCGUGCGGGCCCUGCUGAAGACUUUUGGGUCAUACUUUAAGGAGCGACUCGUGGACUCGGAGCCCGCAGCUGCCAGUGAGGAUUUCUCCUUACUAGCUCGAGCCGUGGGUGCCCCGUACGUGAUGUGGACCUAUGGCGGGGUUGACCCCCAGACCUGGGACGAUGCCGUCAAGAAGGGGACUGUAAAAGGCCUCCCUGGCAAUCACUCGCCGUUUUUUGCGCCGGUGAUCGAGCCCACUCUCCAGACCGCCGUGGAUGCCAUGGCUGCGGGCGCUCUGACAUUCUUGAAACGAACUGACUCAUAAGGGGUUGACUUGCACUGUAAUUAGUUAAAAAAAAGUCCAUAGCUUU